AUGCCUGCUGAGCACUCGCUAGCGUUGCCGCUGUCGGCCGACUACGCGCAUAACGAACGAGAAGGCUUCUCGUUCUUCUGCACCGGUGGCAGCCGUGGCAGCACAACAACGUUGGACCGCUACCUGGACGAUCUGUGCGCCUUUCUGCGCAGUGCCAGGCUCAUCCAGUCCCACCCGGACAACUACUUCCAGUUCAUCCGCGGCGAAAGGUGGGCCGCGUCAUCUGUGCACUUUGAUCACUCCCCUGUCGAGGCGGAGGAGCUUGCGCACACGAAGACGCUGCUGAGCGCCUUCAAACCACUCUUGCAGGGCGAUGACGCCAUGUCCAAGCUGCGUGCGCUGGUUCGCGAUGGUCCACCAACAGCCGCAGAGCAGUGCGCCGGCGCGCUGGCUGGAGACGUAGGCGCUUCGUCAACCUCGUGGUCGCCAGCCAUUCCCUCGUCCCUGUCCCCACUUCAGCAGUUCUACGCCGCCACACGGCGCUUAAUGCUGGGCCGUGCGCGCCGUGCCGAGAACGACGCCGUCAGUCUUACACUCCUGACGGAGGCUGAGCGGCUGACCAUCGACCGCGACUCCUCCAGCGCACAAGCGCAGCAACAGCACGAGCAGGACAUACUCGACCUCGUCGUUUCGCAGGGCAUGAGCCUGAAGAAGCAGCACGAGGUGCCCAUCAUGCGAAUGUCGAUACGCGACCUGGUGCUGUGCUGCAACGUCGGCGUGGAGCGCACGUCUGCAGCUCGACUGCAGGUCGGAGAACCGGAGGAGGUGAGGGGGGAGGCCGAGAAGCACCGCUGCGGUGCCGUUUCUGCAGUCCGCACAGUGAUCAACAUAGGCGAGGGAAAGGGCUACGUGUCGCGUGCAGUGUCUCUGUGCGAUGAUCUCCAGGUGGUCGGCCUCGACUGCAACCCUGCUCACAAGGAGCGCGCUGUGGAGCGCUUUGAAUCGCUUGUGGAGGCGAGCCUCUCCUCACGCGACGGGCGGCCACGCGUUAAUCUCCUGUACGCGCCACGGGGCCACGUGGCGAGCAUCGCCUGUCGGGUCGGGGAGACGGUGGACUGGGAGUCGCUGCUGCACGGCCAUGUCCGAACGUGCGCAGAUCCGUCCUGCUUGCUCUCCAAGAGCUGCGGUGACGACACCUAUUCGGCCGCGGGGUCUGUCGCAGAGGAUGAAGGCGCCAUCGCCGAGGACGACGCCGUUGCCUCGACGCGCACUCGCGGCGACGAUACGGUGAAGCUGGCCUGCCGAGUCUGUGGCACGGUUGUCCGACAGGACUCCACCACAGCCAUCAUGAAGCACGUCUACAGACAUCUGCACGGCAACAUUGGGGCCAGAGCGGCUUCGAGCGAGGUGCACGCACUCGAUAAGGCGACGGAAACGUCGUCCCCACCACCACCGGACCAGAUGCGCGUUCCGGCGUUGACAGAGGUGCAGCAGUGGAACGCGUCGCUGCCCCAGCACGCGUACGUGGCGAAGCUGACAGAGCACUUCUUCACCGUCACAGACGUUGAGGCACGGCAUCUCUCGGGCCGAGAAGAUGUGACGUUGCUCAAACGUGUCGCCGUUGACGGUGAGGGCGGUGCUGCUCUUCGGGGUAGCUCAAGUAAGCACAUGCCACAGUACCUCACCUUGGCGCCCCGAGCACACGGAGAGGCGUGCGGUGACACAAGCGGGGCCCAGCGGCGGCGCUCGCCGCCGGAGCGCGCAUCUGUCACGCUCGAGCCCGCCUACACUGCUCGUGGCUAUCGCGUAGUGCUGCUGAUGGCUGUGGAAGAGGCGACCGCAUCCAGAGAGCUUCACUCGCUUUCACCAGCCAGUUCCAGCAGUCCGGUUGAUGGAGGAGAGACCCAGGGCGCAGUGCUGACGCCGCCGGCGCGCGAGCGUGACACAGAGCCAGACUUGACCUCUUCCGCUGCCGGGCAACCACCCCAGCUGUGGUCAUACACGCAAGUGCUUGCCACCAUUGUCGGCUACGACGGCGGCGUAGACCGCCACCAGGUGCGUGUCGACCAGGAAAGCAGGAAGCGCACGCUACGGCUCUAUCGCCUGCGGGGGGACGCCACAGCAGCGGCACGGGCGUGCGUAGAGGACUGGCAGCUGCCAGAUGCGGAGACGUGGGGCCGUGAGCGCGUUGCGAUCGUCUUGGCAGUACUGCCGCCAGCCCUUCCCUCCACCCCUGUCGUGUGCGUGCCUAGCGUGCGGAACACAGUCCUCAUUGGUCUGCACUCGUGCGGCGACUUGGGCUCCAACAUGUGCCGCAUCUUCCGCAACAGCUCGGCGCGUGGUCUGCUGCUCGUCAGCUGCUGCUGGCAUGCACUGACGCCGCAUGGCUUUCCACUGAGUCGCGCACUGCAGCGCCGCGGCUUGACAACUAACAGCAUCUCGCUCCUCCUUGCCACGCAGCCGCUGGAUGCCUGGUCGACGGCCUCUCCCGAGGGCCACCGCAGCUCCGCCAAGUUGCUCUUUUUUCGCAGCCUCUUCAAGCUUCUGUGGAGACAGCUGGCAGGGAUGUGGGCGGCCGGGCGGAGGGACGGGUCUGUGCCACGUCCUUCCGCCUGCGCACACAAUGACACCUGGGGCAGUGAUGACACGUGCGCCUUCCCGGACGCGCCGCCGCAUCUCGAGCCUGCCUUUCUUCGACGAAUCUCGCGUGACAAGGACACGCUGACCUUCGCCCAAUUUGUGCAGGCCGUCGCCGCCGAGUACGUCUACUCCGAAUCUUCCAAGGACACCCCGUCCACGCCGUGGAACAUUGAGCGGUGCUGCGCAGUGUGCCGAACGGCGCAGGAGGCGCACGUGCGGUACGUGCUCACGCAGCAGCGUCUGCCUGAGGCGAUGGGGGCAAACUUUGAACAGGAGCACUUCGCUUCCUUCCUUGGUCUGACCGUGCUGCGUAUGUGGAUGUGCCACCUGGUUGAGUCGCUGCUUCUCCUGGAUCGCGCCCUCUACCUGCAUGAGGAGCUGUCCGAGCUCCAUAGCCGUGCAGCAGGGGCACCGGCAGACGAGGCGGAGAGGAGCGCAGUGGCGCUUGUGCCGUUGUUUGACGGCGCCGUGUCGCCCCGCAUGUAUGGCGUCCUUGCCCGGCGUGGCGGGUCGGCGUGCGCCUAA